AUGGGUGUUCGUAGGCAAGGUGUAUCUCAACCUGUUGUGACAACAACAGCAAAUGUGAUUUAUACAAUUCCCACAAAUAAUCCUACGAGGUUUUCUCAAGCAAAUGUAUCUGCAUCAGCUUCAGUGCAUCAUGAUCUACCACCAUCUUACGAUCAAGUAGUACAAAGUCCACCGCAAACUCCUUCAACGCCUCUCUCUCAAUCAACUACCGUAAAUAUUCCUGCACCACCCAUGAUCACACAAUCACAAGAAGUACCAAAGCCAGCGUAGUUGUGAACCCGAAUCAAUCAAUUAUCAUUUUAUAUAUUUCAUUUUUAUUUUGUUAUACAAUCUUAUUUUAAAAGAAAUAAUCACAAGACAAAAUUAUCUUAUCAGG